AUGACUGCCUUCCUUGAAACAAUUACCCCCUACUACCCCAUUAUACCGCUUGAAUUGACGCGACGCCUUCAGAGAUACCACAUGGCGUCGAUGGGCUUUGCAACCAAAGGUUGCGAUGCUGUUUCGGCUUCCGAACGGUGUCUUAUCCCUUUCAUUUUGUUCUUGGGGCUUCGAGCAGCCAAUCCACCAGAGGCAAGAAACACGCCUCUGAUGGACGAAGAUCUUAAUCUCUCAAUGAGGUACGCCUUUAUUGAAUUGGCAAAGCUCAAUGACGCCCUAUCUUCCCUUCGCGCGGGACUACUGGCGGUCGUGGUCAAUAUCUAUUCAAUGGACGUCAACGAAGCGAUGCGUUCCUUCGAUGCUACCAGCCGACUGCGAUCACGCUAUGGUCAAAGCCAGGACAUGGCAUGCUCACAAGCCCAUCGGUUAAUUGACUGGUCUUUUUCUCAGGUCGAAUGGGGUCUGUCGGCGUUUCUGGACACUCCGCAUUGGCCAACCAACACGAUGCUUCCAGAUGAGGGCGCAUUCAAAGCGGCGGUUUUCACGUUGGUUAUCUGA